AUGAGAACGACUACUCCCCUGUGCGUGCUUGCACUAAGUGCAAGUCAAUCCAGUGGCUUUUCGUUUCAUCAUAUUACUAGAAUACAAAGAACAAGUGAAACCACUUUGUCUGCCUCCCGGAGAGAAGUCAUCGCCAUUCCAGCAGUUCUUCUCUUGCCCGCCAUUCUUUCCUCCCCUGUCAACGCUGAAGAGGGUGACUUGACAUCGCAAAUGUUCAAUCCGGAUGGAUCACCCAAAGAAGGUGUCGAAACUGAAGCCAAGGAACGCACUGUCGAAUUCUCAUGGGAUUUCUCGAAGGAUCUUUCCUUGAGUGAAGACGGCCAAAACAUUGGCACUACCCAAUCUGGCAAACAAGUAAAGUUGAAGUACAAGUACCCCUUCAAAUGGUCUGACGGAAAGGAUGGGGAUGUCAUAUAUUUCGAUCGAAGCGAGGGAACCAAUGCCAAGGCUUGCAAACGAGUUACCGUCUUCCAAGCCGAAGGAGAUGCAGACAUUGAUAGAUUGAAGAAGGCUUCUCUCGUUGGAGUUGCAAAGUCCAUCGGUGCUCCCAAGGACACCUUGGAACGACUGUAUAAGGCUGAUAUUAUAUCAGGAAAAAUCGAUUAUCGAAACGACCAAGCGUACUACGAAUGGGAUAUGGCUGCUGCUCCGGACUCUUGCAGCAACUCGGCAGAAAACUUGGGCCUGGGAUUCUGUCCGUACGACAACAUUUUUUUGUUGUCUGCUACCAUAGUUGAGGAUAAGCUGUAUUGCAUCGUGGUCGAGUGUGACUCCACCAAGAUUUGGAAGCUUGCCAGUAGUGAAUUGAAGCGGGUCCGAUCUAGUUUCAUAGUUGAUGCAGUGUCAGCGUAA